AUGCGUCCAACCUCGCUGCUAGUGCUGGCCGUCGUCGUGUCUGCGAGUGCCGUUUCGGCCUCGGUGAUCCGGCCCCAGACCCGGCAGUUAGAGUAUGCGGUCGCUACAACUGAGAAUGGAGUCGUGCGAGGUGAGGUAGUGACCUCGCUCAACGGGACACCCUACAAGCGGUUCCUCGGCAUCCCAUACGCCACACCGCCGACUGGAGACCUCCGCUUCAAGGCUCCGCUGCCGGCAGCCAACUGGACUGGAGUCAGGGACGCCCUCACCUUCGGCCCCAGCUGCUCACAGUCUGGCCGGGGCUCUGAGGACUGCCUCCACAUCAACGUGUUCGUACCCCAGACGGACGACGUCUCUCCACUGCCUGUAAUGUUCUACAUCUACGGCGGAGGCUUCACUGCUGGCACGUCCAACGGAAAGGCACCAGACUACUUCGUGGAGAACGGUAUCCUCCUAGUGACUUUCAACUACCGCCUGGGUCCUCAGGGGUUCCUGAGCCUGCAGAACGACGACAUCCCGGGGAACGCGGGCCUCAAGGACCAGCUGCUGGCGCUGCAGUGGGUACAGAGGAACAUCGCGGCCUUUGGUGGUGACCCCACCAAGGUCACCACCUUCGGGGAGAGCGCUGGUGGUGCCUCAUCGUCAUUCCUGUUCCUCUCGCCAAAAGCCGAAGGCCUGUUGCGGGCAGCGGUGAUGGAGAGCGGCGUUGCCUCCGCCCCGUGGGCGCUGCAGCCCAGCCCGCGCGACGUCGCCUACCGGCUGGGCGCCGCCCUGGGCUUCCAGCAGCAGGGGGACAACGCCACACUGGACGACGAACGCCUCGCAGCCUUCCUGAGGGCGGCCGACCCGGAGGACCUGUCGACGGCCCAGAUCGAUGGGGCACCAGGUAUGAUAGCCUUCGCUCCAGUGGUAGAGGCACCGUCCGACUCUGCGGUGAUCACCGAACUGCCUGAGGUCAGCCUGAGUGAGGGCCGUUACAACAGGGUGCCCUUCAUGGUCGGCGUCACAUCGGGGGAAGCCAGUUUUUUCGCCUUACUGGCGGGAUUUAUGAACGAAUCAGAAGCUUCUGAGACCUUCGUGCAGUCGGUGGCCGACCAAAUUCCUCUUCCCACAGAGGAGGAAAGAAUUGAGGCUGCCAAACGAGUCGAAGAGUUUUACUUCGGAUCCGAAGGGUUCAGUGUGAACAAGACACAAGCAAUCAGUGACGUAUACUCGGACAUCUUGUUUAUACAGCCUGCAUAUGCGUUUGCCAGAUCAGCGGUGAACACAAGCAGCUUGCCCGUCUAUUUCUACUACUUUGACUAUGAUGGAUGGGGCUCAUCAGAAUAUGGUAUGAACCACGCAAUGGAAGUAGCGUAUUUGUUUCCUGGUAUAUUUGGACCGGAUAAAGAUCCAGCUUCCAACGAUGGGAAAGUGAUCCAACAGCUGACAACAUUGUGGACAAACUUUGGCAAAUACGGCUGCGACCAGAUGGACGAUGAGGCAGGAGGAGCAGGUGUAGACCAACUCGAGCACCUGGGCAAACACUGCACCUACUGCGAUGAAGAGGCAGAUAAAGGUGGCACCCUCUGUGGGCGUUGUGGAGGUUUCAGUUGUGAAGCAGGCAUAGGCUGUGGUGGUGAAAAGCCAGGUGCUACAACAAAGAAUGGUGCCUUGAGGGGAGUGGUGGCCACAUCACUGAACAGUGCUCUCUACAACCAGUUCCUGGGCAUACCUUAUGCCACACCACCUCUGGGAGAUCUCCGAUUCCGUGCCCCGCAGCCUGCGACCUCCUGGUCCGGAGUUCGAGACGCGCUGUCCCUCGCGGAUGACUGUGCCCAGCCAAAGCUUCAAGGCGCGCAGCCCACUACUGGCUCCGAGGAUUGUCUCUACCUCAACGUGUUCGUGCCGACUGCGGCGAGUGGUUCUUUGCCCGUCAUGGUUCACAUCCACGGUGGUUCAUUCAGGACUGGUUCUCCUUCCAAUGGCGCACCGGACUAUUUUGUGGAGAAAGGCGUCGUGAUGGUUUCAGUCGCUUAUCGUCUCGGUGCCCUCGGCUUCCUGAGCCUUCAGAACGACGACAUCCCGGGCAACGCGGGCCUUAAGGACCAGGUGCUGGCGCUACAAUGGAUACAAAGGAACAUCGCAGCCUUCGGGGGAGAUCCGAGCAGGGUCGUCGUCUUCGGGGAAAGCGCAGGUGGCUCCUCCGUAUCACACCUCCUUCUCUCACCGGCGACCAAGGGGCUCUUCAGCGGAGUAAUCAUGGAAAGUGGGGUAGCGACGACCCCUUGGGCGCUGACGGACAAACCCCGCGAGAGGGCGUACCGCAUGGCGGAGGCGCUAGGGUUCCAGGCGCAGGGCGGCAACCACACUGACGACGACGACGCGCGGCUGGCCGCCUUCCUUCGCUCUGUGAACUACUCCGACCUCGCCACUGACGAUUCUGUGGCACUCUCGCAUUUCGAGAAGCGCUGCCCGGUGCACCUGGCUUUCGUCCCCGCCGUGGAGCCUCCAUCGGACUCUGCAGUGAUCAUCGAGCCUCCAGCAGACGUCCUCAGAGCUGGCAGCUACAACCAGGUCCCCAUCAUUCUUGGCGUCACUUCUGGAGAAGGUUUCGUGGUAUAUCUCUCGGCGGGACUGCUGACGGAAGUGGGGAUCGCCGACAUGAAGGAGAACUUCACGGCGCUGGUCGGCUCCCAGCUGCCGCUCCCCACGGAGGAACAGCGAACUCGUGCGGCGCAACAGCUGGAGCAAUUCUACUUUGGGGACGACGGCUUCUCCACAGACGACAUGCAAGCCGUUGUUGAUCUGUUUUCAGAUCUCUAUUUCAUUCAACCAGCGAAUUCCUUCUCUACGGCAGUGGUGAACUCCAGCAGUAUACCUGUACACUUCUAUUACUUCGACUACAACGGCCCUGGCUACACGAAAUACGGAAAGACUAUCUCAAAACCUAAAACUGAACCUGUAUUACCAUCCAGCUUAAAAUCGACAUACACAUUACUCAUCAUCUCGCAUCAUUUGGGAAUAUUAUUGUAA